AUGUAUCCAUUUCCUUACAAUGUCUACAAUCAAGGCUACAAUCAGAGAGUUCCAUUCAUCAUCCCAAGACCAUACGUUGACGAUUUCAUUGAUCUCCGACAAAACAAUGAGAAGCCGUACAAAGGUGAACACGAAUACGAGAAAAUCGAGCGCGCUCUUUAUGUGCUUAGAUUUUUGUCUUUUGCACAGAUUUUCACUGGUGGAGUGUUACUGGUGACGGAUAUAUCAAAAAUCGUUCUUAUCUGGAAUUAUCUUUCAUUGAGCGAUGUGAAAUUGGAAUAUGUUUCCCAAUUGAUGUAUCCGGUUUUCGUGAUCGUUCUCGGUUUUGUUUCCCUUUCGGCUGUCGUCUCUCCAUCAGCUUCGCUAACGAAAUUUCUUCUUGUUUUAGUAGUCGUCUCCGUUGUGCCAACCGUCGUUUUACCAAGAUAUUCGGUUUUUAUCACAGCAGCUAUAGAGGCGAUGGCGCUUGCGCGAGCAGCUGAACAAUCUUUCUACAUGAUACAGCCUCGAGAUUUGAGUCAGGGAAUGAUUCAGAGUGAAGCGGCGAACAAAUUGAUGCGAAUGCUUUCAUCGCACAACGAAAGAUGGCCACUUGGGAUAAAAGAUCUAUCGCAACUCUCACCCGACUACACACUAACCGUUCAAUACCUCCUCGUCACCUAUGCCAUGUUUUCUUUUGUUCAUCUUUUAUUUAUGAUUGUUACAUUGGUGUUUUUACUGCGUUUACUUCGAUAUCAACAA